AUGCGCAAGCGGAGGAUGCUUCUGCAUGUUAUUCUUCAGCAUCCGGUCUAUAUCUCAGAGUUGGUUCUCUCGCUGUUUCCAUCGAGAAAGUAAAGGACAACGCGAAGUGAUAUGCUACCUAUAUUGUAUUUUUGUCAAAAACUAAAUUGCAUUUAAUGAAGAAUGGAAUUUCUUAGGAGCAAGUCGAGAAGAGACUGUACUAUCUCUGUCGUUCAGUGAGUAUCUCGCCGUUUCUGAUUGUGCUGCUACCGAAAUGCUUGAAACUGCUGCCUGUUUGGUCGUGCGUAAUACCGGGGAUUGCAGUAUAUUGCGAAGCUAGUCUCCUGACAAACAAACAAUGUACCCAUUCAAGCCUGGCUCAGAACUUGUCCGAUGACUGAUUCAUGAUUUAAUUUGCUUUUUGGAUUGUAAGGAGAUCAAUGGAGAGUCCUGCGCGCCCGUGCGCCCUGGUGCCAUUUUAACACUAAUACUGUGUUAAUUUGGGCUUGCAUGUCUGCACUGAAAUUGCCAACUCCAAGACUCAUACAACGUUGAUGCUGGAUAAUUCAGCAACAUUGUUGUAAAAAUGCUGAACAGCGUUUUGUUGCUCAGCGUUUUAACUGUGACCAGUUUCUCCUCGAAGACUGAGAGUCGCAAAACUUCGAAAGACAUUUGUAAGAACCGCUGCUCAUGUGAGGAAAAGGAGAAUAUAUUGAGCAUCAACUGUGAAAACAAAGGAUUUACAACGGUUAGUCUAUUUCAACCCCCACCGAACAAAAUCUGUCAACUCUUUCUCAAUGGAAACUUUCUUUCAAGGCUGAAUCCAAACGAGUUUGUCAGUUAUGGUAAUGUGACAUCACUUCAUCUGGGGAACAACGGGUUACAGGAGAUAAAGACUGGAGCUUUUACUGGACUGAGAUUUUUAAAACGACUUCAUCUCAAUAACAAUAACUUGGAGAUAAUCAAGGAGGACACAUUUGCUGGUUUAGAGAGUUUGGAGUAUUUACAGGCAGAUUAUAAUUACAUCAGCGCCAUUGAAGCAGGUGCAUUCGGCAAAUUGAAUAAACUCAAAGUAUUGAUUCUCAAUGACAACCUCCUGCUCUCUCUUCCCAACAAUGUAUUUCGUUUCGUUAUGUUAACGCAUUUGGAUCUAAGGGGGAACCGGCUUAAGAUGUUGCCUUUUGCUGGCGUGCUGGAGCAUAUAGGUGGCAUUAUGGAGAUCCAACUGGAGGAGAACCCGUGGAACUGCACCUGUGAUCUGAUCCCCCUAAAAGCCUGGCUGGACACCAUAUCAGUCUUUGUAGGGGACAUCGUGUGCGAGACCCCAUUCAGACUGCAUGGCAAGGACAUUACGCAAUUGAUUAAGCAAGAUCUAUGCCCCCGACGCAAUGCUGGUGAUUCCAAUCACCGCGCAAUGCAGCCUCCCUCUGAUUCCCAAUACCACGGCCUUUCUCCCACCCAGCACCCCGGUGUCACUCCAACAAAAACCCCAAGGGCCUCCCGUCCCCCUAAAACGAGAAAUCGCCCCACACAAAGGGUAACGUCGAGUAAGGACAAACAAGUUUUCGGGCCUAUAAUGGUUUAUCAGACUCGGUCCCCUGUUCCCAUGACCUGCCCUAGCAUUUGCGUAUGCACCUCUCAGAACCCAGACAGUGGAUUAAAUAUAAACUGCCAGGAGAGGAAAUUGCAUAAUAUAACAGAGCUUACACCUAAACCUUCCUAUCCAAAGAAAUUGCAUUUAACAGGCAAUUACUUGCAGACCAUAUACAGAACAGACCUAACCGAAUACAGCUCACUAGAGCUCCUCCACUUAGGAAAUAAUAGAAUAGCUGUCAUUCAGAAUGGGGCCUUUGAAAACCUAGCUAAUCUACGGAGACUUUACCUCAAUGGCAAUUACAUUGAAAGUCUAUCCCAAUCAUUAUUCGCAGGGCUGCAGAGCCUUCAAUACUUAUACCUGGAGUAUAAUGUUAUCAAGGACAUUUUACCACAGACGUUUAACUCCUUACAUAAUCUGCAGCUGCUGUUCCUAAACAACAAUCUACUGAGAUCCCUUCCCGACAAUGUUUUUGGAGGGACUAUGCUGACAAGACUAAACCUGAGAAACAAUCACUUCUCCCACCUGCCGGUGCGCGGUGUGCUCGACCAGCUCUCCGCAUUCAUUCAGAUCGACCUGCAGGAAAACCCAUGGGAUUGCACCUGCGACAUCGUUGCGCUUAAAAACUGGAUGGAGCUAUCCAGCACCAGCGUUGUGGUAAAUGAAAUCACAUGUGAUUCGCCCUCCAAACACGCAGGGCGGCUCCUCAGGUCUCUGCGUAACGAUGCAAUUUGUCCCGAGCCUAACGAGAUCACAAUAACCAAGGCCCCCACCGUCAGACCCAGCACUGACUCCACUCCUCCCUCUGCCAUCACGCCCACAGACGAGCAGGUGCCCGAGAUGCAUGCGGAGGUGCCCCUGUCGGUUCUCAUACUUGGACUGCUCGUGGUUUUCAUUCUGUCGGUCUGCUUCGGAGCUGGUUUGUUCGUAUUUGUCCUGAAACGACGCAAAGGUGCUGAUAGCGUUCCCGCCAGUGCCAAUAAUGUAGAUUUAAACUCCUUCCAGGUACAAUAUGGUUCUUAUAACACAGAACCCACUGCAGAUAAAACAGAGACGCAUGUGUAUAACUACAUCCCUCCCCCAGUUGGUCAGAUGUGUCAGAACCCCAUCUACAUGCAGAAAGAUAGCGAGCAGGUGGCCUACUAUAGGAAUCUAAAGGAACUAAGCUUCAGCACCAUGGACACUAAAACGUCGGUGUUGCCCCCAAGUCCAUAUACCAUAAGCACAGUGGAGUUCAUUGAGAAACAAUCUUGCGGCAAUCGAGAGCCGGAGCUGCUUUAUCAAAACAUUGCAGAGAGGGUUCAGGAGCUUCCGACUGUUGGGGCUCUGAAUUAUAAUUUUUGCACUUUACCGAAAAGACAAUUCAUUCCUCAAUAUGAAACCACUAGACGACACAACCAGGACAGGUUGAAUAAAACGGUUCUCUAUGGGACUCCACGAAAGUAUUAUGCCAAUCAAUCAAAAAAUGAACACCCUGUGCUGCCUGGGAAGCUAAAAACAGAACCAGACUACCUCGAAGUUCUGGAAAAACAAACUGCAAUGAGUCAGUUGUAAGAUAUGGCCCUACUUACUAUCAUCAGUAAUGAUUACAUCGAUUUGUAUCUAUGUACUCCACAAAUUGACGAGUCCAACUCAAUUAAAGCAACAUAAGCGGUUGCUCUCCAUUAUUGUCCAGCUGUAUUGAGUAAACGUAUAUGCAGUUAUACUAUUUUACUGGAGGUUUAAAUUAUUUCUUCUACUUGAAAUAUAGUCUGUAGCAGGUACCGCAAGAACUAUGUAAACUACUGCUUUGUGCAUUUCAUAUUCUAUAUUUUAUUUCGUCUGUGGGAAGCGAUUUCAUUUUAAUAGAAGAACAGAAGUGAAUAAUUAUGAACUUACUUUCCUGUACAUAAUAGCCUAUUGAUGGUGAGUGUGAAACACAUGUACUGGUUCCGUCCACUUGGCAACUCAUUUAUUCCAGAAGUGCCUUUGCACUCCAAGUAUUUUAUCGUUGCUUUCUGCAAAUUGACAUUUUAUAAGUGCUGUAUUUUAAGAAUCUUUAUGUAAAAUAUAAUUAUUUGUCCAUUACAUUAAACAUAACUGAAGAGUGUAUGAUAUUUAUGGUAGAGAAUAUGUUUUGAAUAUCUAAGUGUCUUUCAAGAUGUACAAUUUAGAGAAUUGCAUAAUAUUGUAUGAUAUAGAUGAUCAAUACAAUGCGCCAUAAGCGCAAUUAAAUUUUCACUGAAGCACUUUGUCAAGUCUGAAUUAAGCAUUAAGAUUUUACGUCUCUCUCUCUCUCUCUCUCUCUCUCUCUCUCUCUCUCUCUCUCUCUCUCUCUCUCACUGUGUGUGUGUGUUGUGUGUGUGUGUGUGUGUGUGUGUGCGUGUGUGUGUGCGUACGUGCUUCCAUGUGAUGAGGAGGGGGUGGGUGGUUUAGGGGCGGUAACAGCACUCUCUUUGAUCUAUAGACCACUGUGUAUUGAUGAGGAAUUUGCUGAGCACUUUAGCUGAAUGACGCUUGUGCAUGCAAUUUAUCGACCAGCGUUGCUAUAGGUCCCUCACUGUAAUACCACAGGACUACCAUUCAUUUCAUACCUAUAAUAUUUUCCUCAAAAGGUAGAGAGCAGCAGUGUCCUCUAAAAUUAUAGAUUAUUUACCAGUACGUUACGAUUUACGGAUGAUAAAAACUACUGCUCCACAACAACUGAUCUCCUGUAGCCUACCUGAAACGCACAACAUGAUGAUUAGUUCUCAACGCUCCUUAUACCAAAAAUAGAUUGUUUUUAGUGGAUUUAAAAGGACCAGUUUAUGUUUUGACCUUCAGGUGACAUUUGCUUUGAAGUCUGCUGUGGGCAUAAAUACAGUACCUUCUCCAAACCCCGGUUAUUCUGCUGUUUGUCUCUCGUUUUGUUUUUGCCCGUCGCUUCACGUAGCUAUUGUGUCGCUGUCCAUGGUGCUGAAUGUUUUCUUCUUACUACUAACGAUGCAUUUUCUAUGGAUUCUACUACAGUAAGGGGACUUUUCACUUGCUUUGUUCGAUUUCACAUUGACUUUGUUAUGAGUGCACCAUGUUUAUGUUGUUGUUCUUAAUCAUUAAUUAAUUAAACUGAGAACUAAAUCAAAUUGGGAACUUAAAUUAGCAAUAACUGGCCUACUUGUGAUUUAAUUGAACCAUUAUUUUAAUGCUUAUGUGAGUCUUACAAUCCUGCUAUUAUGCUUGUGGGUAAGUGAGCUUGUGCUUGUGGGUAGCAGAGGCCAUUUGAGUUGGUGUGAGUGAGACUGAGUGAAAGUGCUGUUCAUUCCUUCUGAAACAGAGUGAUUUUCUUUCCUGCAUGGCACAAUGGGUCUCUGUGUUGCUGUUUACUGCUGCUGUGGAGAAUGAGGGGUUAGACAUGUCUUGCACACCAAUGAGGCUCCUCCCUCCCCACCACACACAGAUGUCGAUGGCAUGCAAUAGCUUUACAAUAGAAGUUAUCAAUCACUCCGGUCAGUUGACACCAGAAGAUAGGAUACAAUAUUAUACAUUGACAAACGUGGUGUGCUUAACAAUUUGAGGAUGACUUUGAAGUAUGUGAUUGUGUGUGCUUGAAUGACUGUUGGAUGUUUUUGGGACACAGCCUGCUCUCUAGAGCUUCACUGGGAUAGUUUUGUCACAAACGAUUUCCAUCCAUGGAAAAAUCCAUAAUAAAGGAAGCAAUUGAGAUCUAUCUUAUUUGAUCAGCAUAUUGUAAUUGAUUCACUUUAAAUGAACCCUUUUUCAUUUAAUUCCAACAAUAUGGUUCCUGUUGUAGACUAAGGUUCUACAUGGGGGAUGUAAACUUUGACCUUGUUUUGCUAAGAUGUGAACUAGUGUGAAUCAAUGGAGACUGCUUGGGGCCUCUCCUGAGGCGAUCAUGGACCUCUUCAUAAAUGCUCUUGGGCAAGUUCAUGUUUAUUCAAAGGUUGGACUGUUUUUUUCCCCUCUUUGAUUUGUGAUGAGGCCCAAAGAGAGUGGCCUAUGCUUGUUGUGUAUGAUACUGAAUCUCUUUGACAUGGUGGAGACCAAGAGACUAGUGGGAAGAAUGGAAGGUCGAUAUUCCUCUUUCCCAGGGUCCCCGGAAUUGGCCGGAGUCACAACCAAUUCACUCUCAUAGUAAGGAAGUGAUGCCAGAUUGUGACAUUUGAAAGGUCAGGGUCCAUAAUGUGUUAAUAUCUCAUAUUUUGGAUCACUAUAGAUGCAUUGUUCCACAUUAACUGUUGGUUAUAAAUUUCAGAGUUUCUCUAAGAAAUGUUCAGAUAAAUGCUAGGCUCCUACUGCAUAUGGUAAUGCUGCUGCAGGAUUGUUUUUUGCAUUCAUUAAAUCAAAGUAAUCAAGUACACAA